CUUAUGCAACCUUUCCUCACUAUUAUUAUUAUCUGAUUGUUGUUUAAACCGGAGCCGGUGAUGUCGGACAGAAGCGGGGCUCCUCCGGUGGCCCCUCCGGUGGCCCGUACCGUGCUGCAGCAGUGUCUGCGGGCCACGCUGCAGGUGAAACCCGCAGAGGAGCUCUCAGAGGCGGAGUUCGUCCAGAUCGACAGAGGCAUGGUGAUCUACGUCUGCUUCUUUAAAGGAGCAACAGACGACAUACUGCCUAAAAUGGUGUCCACUCUGUUGAACCUGCGUCUGUGUGAGUCGGACUCGGGGAAGAUGCUGUCGGUGUUGGAUCUCCCCGGCAACCUGCUGAUCGUCCCUCAGGCGACGCUGGGCGGGAAGGCCAAAGGGAGAGGCAUGCAGUACCACCACAACAUCGGGAAGGAGGACGGACUGCGGCUCUACAGCUCCUUCGUGUCUCUGUGUGAGAAGGAGCUGACGACGGCUGCUGCUGCUGGAGCCGAGGUGACGGUGAAACACGGGACGUACGGGAACAGACAAGUGCUGAAACUCGACACCAACGGGCCGUACACUCACCUGAUGGAGUUCUGA